AUGCCAAGCUUCCUGCUGCACCGUCCUCCAGGGAGGCUGUGCAUGGCCCUGGCAUGUGUCCUGUCCCUCUGCAACACAGUGUCUGCCAUUAAAGGAGAAGCUAAGAAAGAAAAGGGAGUGAACUUCCUAUCUACUGGAAUAACAGGGUCUGUCCUUAAAGAAGAAUGGAAGGGGGAGGGACUGGCAUUUCUUGCUUCCACAGAGUUGCCUGCAAAGUCUGUCGAUCUGUCUGCACUUAACCUGACAGAGGUUGUCAACAGGAUGCUGAGCAGAGCUUUGAAAGAUAGCAGGCGGUUCUUCUCCCUGCUGAGUAUCACCUCCUAUAGCUCCUUUGCCUUCCACAAGGUUUCCCUGGCCAUCUACAACAUUUCUAACCUGAAGACAGUGGACCCAGCCAAAUUCCCCACAAGGUUCUGCUAUUGUCUCAGUAAUCGGACCAAUGACCUAUCAGAUUUCACAGCCCUCCUGGUAGACGUUGUGGGGAACUCCACUGGCUCCCUCACAGAGGUUUUCAAAUCCACCUCCCUCCUCUCAGUGACUCAGACAGAUGAAUCCGACUGCAUCUUCAUCUGCGUGAUGGCCGGGAAGGCAGGAAGGAAUCUUUCUGACUUCUGGGAGGUGGCAGAGAAAUCCCCUGUCGUCAACUACACAUUUACUAGCGGCGUGUCUGGCGUUCUGGGUGCAGCUACCAGGGAAACUGCCAGGACUUCCAAGCCCAUAACCCAAGUCCAGCAAAUGCUACCAAGGACAAGCCCGGCACACCGGGAAUCCACUCUGAGAACCGCCCUCUGGAGAAAGACAACUACUGUUUCAGUGGGAGAGCUGACAGGGCACACGGACCAGCUUCCUCCUAUGGCCACAGUCACCUGGAGCACUUCUUCUCUCACCCUGCCAGCCUUGGAGUUGUCAAGUGAGUGUAUCAACGACUGUGGCUUUCAACAUGCAGCUACCAGGAGAGUGCCUGAAACACCACAGUUGCCUGCCAACAGCCAGACUCAGGCUUCUACGCCGUCCAUGCCUAGGGCUCAGACCACGGAAGAGCAAGCCCAUGGGGGGCCUCCCUGGGAAACUCAUGCCUCCACACCCACAUCUGCAGAGGCCCAGGAGCCCAGGAGCACAGGGAGCUUUCUGAGGCCUGCUGGGAUAAUGGGUGUGGCCAGCAGCACAACCCAGCACAACCCAACCUCAGGAACAGUCACUUCCAGCACACAGACUUUGAGUCCAACCAAGGCACCAGCCCCCAAAAAUCUGCAAACAGGUGAUGCCCUUGCAGAGUGGCCGUUCACCCCUGGGAAAGAGGUAGCCCCAGCCCCAGCUCCUCAUCAAGGAUCAAGGUGUCCUCAGUUGCUCCUCAAAGAGGGGACCAUGACAGCUGCUCCCAUUACCCUGGCCAUCCAGAAGUUCAACCCAUGCCUGAUGGAGCUGUGUCGCUUUUUCCAGCAAUGCCUCUGUGGGGGCCAGAGGAGGAAUCCUACGGCAGAGUCUCUGAGGUACUGUCUUGAAUACUAUUCCUGGUUUCUGAAGAAUGCAACCUUCAUCUGUCAGAAGGUGAAGAGGGUGUCCCACUCACGCACCUUAAAGCAGAAAUGCCUUGAGAAUAUCUGCAAGUUGGUGUGA